AUUGUUUUAUUUCAUCAAAAAUUCCCAUUAGAAUUAAAUCAGGAUUCUUUAGUACACGUACUGUAUAGUAUCAUCUUUAGCAAAAAUAAAUUUCUCAAAAUGCACAAAUUUUGGCAUUGGAAUUGUUUGCAUGUGCAUUUGUAUUAAAGUGCAUUUGCAUUCACCUGAGCCCAGGAAGUGAUUACUGACCCCACCCAAUAAUUAACACAAUGAAAUAAUAUUGUGAAAAGUAUGGCUGUACUUUCUGCAUGGGAUAUACAACCAACUUGGAGCUAAAAAGCUACAGCUACUUCUUAAGUAUCACAAUAGAUGCAGCAAAAGGAGAUGAAUGCACUGGUAUGUUUAUUUUUACAAUAGAACUUGUAAUUCAAAAGUUAUUACAAGAAAACGAGGGCUCAGGUGAACACAAAUGGACUUUAGUAUUCAUUUUUGUUGCAGUUUUCAUGUUUUUGUUUUAUUUCGUAGAAUCCCAGCGUGCCUACAGGUUUGUUAGAGGCAAAGACUGGGGAUUCAAGAAAUUCAUAAGAAGGGAUUUUCUAUUUGACGAUACGAAUGGGCUAUUGCCUGAAGACAAAUUAACAAUUUAUUGUGAAGUCAGUGUGGUAGCUGAUGCUGUCAAUACAAGUGGUACUACUAGUCUUGGCCAUAGACCUGUUGUCCCUGAUUGUAAUCUCUCCUCUGAUAUUGGCUGUCUCAUGGAAAAGGGAAGCUUUCAUGAUGUGACACUUUCUGUUGGGACCACCGAAUUUAAAGCUCAUAAAGCAAUUCUAGCAGGUAUGGAAGAGAAUGGUUUUUGUAGAACUUUAUGUUAUGUAUGUAAAAAUUUAAAGGGACAUGUUUCAUAGCUGAUUUUAGAAAUUUAUAUUUUAUGUACAUGUACAA